GGCCUCUGGUUUUCAACAGAAACAGUGGUACGAUGCCUUUGGUCUACGGAGGUUCACAAGCCACAAUGAAGAUUCAAGCAUUCGCGGCUCUUGCUGUUGUAGCAGCUUUGCUGCCGAUUACGAACUGCGCUCCAUCACCUAAACCCGAGGAAGAAGAAGAUCGAUCAUGUGAAAAAAGGGAUGCGGAUGCUAAACAAGUGACUGAACCCGUUCUGCACUGUAAUUACUAUUGUUAUCCUUACAAAGACGACGACUACUUUGCAUUAAUGUUCUAUCCGGAAGGAACGCCGUGCAAGUACAACUUUGGAGAAGUGAUAGGCAAGUGCAUAAAUGAAGAUUGCCAGCAUCCGUCCAGUCCUCUAUAUAAUAAAACGUUGAAUGUCCCGGGUGGUAAAGAUGGCGAGAAGGAAAAUAAGGAGAAUGCAGCGGGAGAUGGAGAAAAAAAGAAAGAAGAUAAUGAGGGAGUGACUGAAAAAGAAAAUGAAGAGGGUGGUAAAAAUGAAGGGACGGAAGACUUAAAGACGGAGGAACCUCAGGUGGAACAUGGAGAGAAUAUCAAACCGGAAAAAGAGCAGAGCCGAAACGCCUAUGUUGGGGGAGGUAGCAUUUUUUAG